AAGUGAGUUGUACCACCAGCUGUUGGCAAGCAUUGAACAUGCGCCUGAAGUGUAGGUUCGUUCACCAUCAGCAACGAAAGCCUUGGCAAAGUUUGAAGCCUGUCGUCAAGUUUGAAGCCUGUCGUCUAUCUGCAGUUAUCUUUGUGAGAGGACACACUGGAAACGCGUCCACGUAAGUGAACACCACACACUAUUGGACAGCGGAUAGCAGUGAGUGAGUCACUUGCGCAAGUCGUCCAAUAACCUCUGCUAGAGCAGGUUGAGGCGGGUAGGAGCUGAGCUGGAAAGCCUCACAGAGUCACACCUUGAGCGGUCUUGUCGCUAGCACCAACGCACGCAUUGGUGGCAUGGGUACUACUGGGAGUAGCAGUACCUUUUUGGAACCAGUCCGAUAUUCGAUCUAUGAAGAUAGUAUUGAUACCGAUGGAGCUGUUCAAGAGAAUCUGGCCAAGCUAAACUCUAGGAGAAUGCUGGCGAUGAUUACCUCGGUACUGGCAACUGCAGCCGUUCUUAUCGCCAUUGUGACGCCAUGUUGGGUGACGAGUGUUAAGCUUGGCUCAAGUAUUGGAUUGUUCCACGCGUGUCACCAUGGAGACUGUGUACUGGUGCAUGGACAAUCAUAUUACCAGGGCAUCGGAGCUCUGGUGGCAGUCCUGAUAACGGUCUCACAGAUCAUCAGCCUGGUGCUGUUCCGACGAGCACUCACAAACACUGUUAUACUGUUCUGGAACAUCUGCGCCUUCCUCUUCCUCUCCACUGCGAUGGUGUCCACAUUAGCCAUGGUGCACGUGACGUUGCAGAUUGCGCCAGUCGUCAGCGGCAAGGUCUUCUACGGCCUCUCGUUCUUCCUGGCCUGGAUCGGCACGAUCCUGUGCUUUGUGUCUGGUGGCGUUCACUUUCAUCUCAGCCACAAGUUUGUAUGGGUUAUUCACGGCCGGACCAGUGCCGUGCAAGACUUCAAAAUGGAUUCGUCCAAGGAGUAACUGGCAAAUCAACACACCGUCACACAUCUACACAUACAUGUACAUGUACAUAUGUACAUGUGUCCAUUUAGGUGCUCCUUCAGUUCUCAUUCAAGUUACCCAUUUCUCUACUCUUCUUACUAAAUCAGUGAAUUGUUUUUCACAAUAUGUUUGCAAGACAAAUGUCCACCACUGUUGUA